AGUCUAGAGAGAGAGAGAGGGGAAGAUGCCGAUGCUUUCUUCUUCUUCUUCUUCUUCUUCCAGGCUUCGCCGUGGCAGCCGCGACCCCGCGCCGAGGGCACGCCAAGCACCGACGAGCACGUAGCGGCCGGCCGCCGCGCGAUCGAGCUCCGGCGGGGCGGGAGCGGACGGGUAGAUCGGCGGUGGAGGCGCGUUGUUGAUCGGGUUGAGCUGAUUGGUUGGGUUGGGUAGCGGAUCGGAUCAGGCGGAGGGGGAGGAGGAGGAGGAAGAGGAGGAGUCGUAUGCCUCCGUGGUGGGGGUGGUGGUAAUUCAUGUCCCGCAUGAAGCACCUGCUGCGGAAGCUCCACCUGUCGGGUGGCGCGGGCGGGGGCGGGAGCGGGGGAGGAGCGGCGGCGGCGGGGGCCGGGGCGCCCCCGACGGCCGACCACCACCGCCAGCGGCACCACCGGAGGUCGUCGGCCCACCCGCCCCUGCCGCCGCCGGUCGUCGCGGCGGCGGCGGCCGAGGCGCCGGUGAUGGCUCCGGUCGCGGCUCCGGUGGCUGCGGCGGCGGAGCCGAGGGGGAUGGGGGCGGACGCGACGAUGACGCGGCUGGAGGAGGAGUACCAGGUGCGGCUCGCGCUGGCCAUCUCCGCGUCGGAUCACGCGGGGCUUGUGGACGCCGAUUCGGUCCAGAUCCGCGCGGCCGAGCGCAUCAGCCUCGGCGGCGGCGCCGGGGACCGGGGCCCCAUGGAGGCCCUCUCCGCGCGCUACUGGAACCACAGCGUCGUCAACUACGACGAGAAGCUGGCCGAUGGGUUCUACGACGUGUGCGGCGUGCCGAUGCAUCCGCCCUUCCAGGCCAAAUUCCCCUCAUUGAGCACCCUCAGGGCGAUUCCCGUCGAGGGAGAUGCCAACUAUGUGGCCGUUUUGGUGAACCGGGAGCGUGAUCCAGCGCUCAAGCGACUCGAAGGGAGGGCUCUGGCAAUUGCGGCGCAGGAUAGGGCAGAGCACGGUGGAGUUGCGUCGCCAGAGCUUGUGCAGAAGAUUGCAAACCUCGUGGUUGAUGCCAUGGGUGGUCCAGUUGACGAUGCUGAUGCAAUGAGCGGGGAAUGGAGCAGGACGAGCCGUGGUCUAUCCUUUCAGCGCAAUAGCAUUGUUCUCCCUCUUGGUUUGCUUCGAAUUGGGUUGUCGCGACACAGAUCUUUGCUAUUUAAGGUACUGGCCGAUCGAGUUAAUCUGCCAUGCAAGCUUGUCAAAGGUAUAUAUUAUACAGGAACAGAUGAAGGGGCUAUUAACUUGGUUAAAAUUGAUUUUGACAGUGUUGAAUAUAUUGUUGAUCUGAUGGGUGCUCCAGGCACAUUAAUCCCUUCAGACAUUUCUGGUAGUCAGUUUCAAGACUCUAACAAUAGUCAACUGAGCAAUGACGCCAUUGAAGAGAGUGUUGCAGAACUAUGCAUAGCUCUUGAGCAGAUUAGUUCUGGAUGUGAGAAUAGAAAUGACAUUGGGGGAAGUUCAUCUGAACAAAAAACUGCUUUAGCACUUGCAACUUCACAGCUGGAUGAUAUCUUCCAGACAGAGAACCCACUUAAACAAAGUGCCAUAUCUGACGAAGGUCAAUUCAAUAUUCGACAGCAAAUGAAAGUCACUGAUGCUCCCAUGUACUUGGUGCCCAAAGAAGUUGACCCUGAGUUUGCAGAAAAUUUGCACAACUUGCUCCUUGAGCGCAGUGCAUUGCUGCCCACCUAUGAGAAACCUGAAAUAGGCAAAAAUACCACUUCUGAAGAUGACAAAACUACAGGAUGGUUGGUGAUCGCUAAAACGAGCCAAAGUUUCCAAAAUGGUCAUGUAGCGGAAGAUUCUCCACUGCAACAUGGCAGUGCCAAAGAGCUAGCAGUAGUGAAUUGUUUCCAUGAAGAUGCACAACAUCCUGUGGGAAAUACAGAGGCAAUUGGCAACAAUUUGGACCUGCACGAUCAUGCCAUUGCUAAUGAGGACCAAAGGAUUUCUGAGGACCCUUUGGUAAACAUGCCAGGAAGCAGCAAUGCAAAUUUGGACAAGUCAAGCUGUUCUAGUACAAAAACAAUCAGCUCAGUUAUAGAUGAUGUUGCUGACUAUGAAAUACCAUGGGAAGAUCUUCAUAUUGGAGAGCGCAUUGGUCUAGGUUCAUAUGGGGAAGUAUAUCACGCAGAUUGGAAUGGCACUGAGGUUGCAGUUAAGAAAUUUCUUGACCAGGAUUUGUCAGGUGUUGCACUAGAUCAAUUCAAAUGUGAAGUUGGGAUCAUGUCGAGGCUGAGGCAUCCAAAUGUAGUUCUGUUCUUGGGAUAUGUGACACAACCACCAAAUCUCUCUAUAUUAACUGAAUACCUUCCAAGAGGGAGCCUCUACCGCCUAUUGCAUCGACCAAAUAGUCAAAUUGAUGAAACACGAAGGUUAAAAAUGGCAUUGGAUGUGGCUAAAGGGAUGAAUUACUUGCAUGCUAGCCACCCUACUAUUGUUCAUCGUGAUCUGAAAUCCCCAAAUCUUUUAGUGGAUAAAAACUGGGUUGUUAAGGUGUCAGAUUUUGGCAUGUCAAGGUUGAAGCAUCACACUUUCCUGUCCUCUAAAUCAACAGCUGGAACGCCGGAGUGGAUGGCACCGGAGGUUCUACGUAAUGAGCCAUCUAAUGAGAAGUGCGAUGUCUACAGUUUUGGAGUAAUCCUAUGGGAACUAGCAACAAUGCGUGUACCGUGGAGCGGGCUGAAUCCAAUGCAAGUUGUAGGAGCGGUUGGGUUCCAGAACAGACGACUAGACAUUCCCAAAGAAGUUGACCCACUGGUGGCUAGCAUAAUAUCUUCGUGCUGGGAAAACGAUCCAAGCAAACGACCAUCGUUCUCCCAGCUCCUGUCACCGCUGAAACACUUACAGCGGUUAGUUGUUCCAGAAAACUGCUGACGUCCCUUCCUAAGAAAAUAUAUAUCGGCUCAAACAAAAUACAACUAUACAAGUAUGUAAGCUCUACUACAGAAGCCAAGUUUUUCAUGUUGAAGCUUGUGGAGAUGUAUUCCGAGUUUCUGCAGGCAUGAUGGAUGAGCAUGGACGAAGGUUCUGCGCAUCCAUUUGUGAAAAAAAAAAUGUGACAAAACUCUCUGAAGCCGUGCAAAGGCGCUGCUGGAGAAAUCAUAGUGGGUUAGUCCAAGUGAAGAAGAAUGUGGUGCAACACGAAGUGCUCUGUGCCAUCGUAAAUAAUUGUUCAGUUCUGGAAUUUGGAACGGUGAUUCUGAAAAUCAGAAUCUACCACAAAGAUAGGAUGUUUUCGUUCUUUUUUCUUGCCUCAUAAUUGAAAAGGAGAAAAGAUCAGGUUUUAAAAAAUGGAAAAGGAAAAAAAACGAAACCCAAAGUUUUGUGGCGUCUGCAAAAAGUUGCGGCCCAGUAUUUAACCAGAUGCAAAUCUUGUAUAUCAUUUAUACAGAGUUACUCUGC